AUGGAACAACCAGUCGAAUUCAAUUGGCCACCACUUGAAAGCAAUCCAGAGGUAUUCACUGAUUAUAUGCACAAAAUUGGACUCCCAGAGGAUUGGGUUGUAGGUGAGGUCUUCGGUUUAGAUGAGGAUUGCCUAUCCUUCGUUCCAAAGCCAGUUGUCGCUGUUAUUGCAACAUUUGAGAACUUAAAGAAGGGUGAAGAGGCUAAAUCUGAGCAUACUCAUGCUGAGACUAAUUAUUAUAUGAAGUAAACACACAGUCUUGAUAAUGCAUGUGGUAUCAUUGCCUGCAUUCACUCAGCACUUAAUAACUUAGACAAGUUUACCCUUGCUGAGGGUAGUGUACUUCAAAAAUUCCACACAGCAGUGAAAGAUCUCACUCCUGAGGAAAGAGCAACCUCUCUUGAAGGUAACUCUGAGUUCCAAGAGACUCAUAAGUAAUAUGCUGCCUAGGGUCAAAGCAAUUUAGCUGCCACUCAAGAUGAUGUAAGACACCAUUUUAUUGCAUUUGUGUUGAACAGUAAGGGAUAAUUAGUUGAAUUAGAUGGCGUCAAAUCAGGCCCAUUAGUCAUCAAGGAUCAUUCAGAAGAUCUUCUUACUGAUGCUGCUUAGAUUCUAAGUGAAAGAGUUGCUAACGGAGAUUACAGUGAGAGUCUUGCAGUCCUUACUCUUAACAAAAAGCCAGAGGAAUGA